GAAGAUUUGACAUGUUGUUCUAAAAAAAUGUGUUGAUGAUUUACGGCCGCUGUUCGUUCUGGUUCGACGAAGUAUUAGAUGCCAAUGCCAUGCACAGGAGGAGGUAUAAGAGUAUUUAUUUCCAACACCACCACUAAAAAUAGAUGCCCAUGUUGAGCUUAUAUAUUUAGUAAAACUGUUGACUUACAUGUUCUAAAAAAAUGUGUUGAUGAUAUACGGCCGCUGUUCGUUCUGGUUCGACGAAGUAUUAGAUGCCAAUGCCAAGCACAGGAGGAGAUGGGAAACCUCAUGGCCUAUGAAGACUCUACAACUUCUAUGAUAGGGUUGUAUGAGAGAGAUCGUGAAUUCGAUGCCCGAAGAACUGUAUGAAACGAUUCCCCGGUUAAUCUGUAUGCAUUGGAAAGUAUCAGUCAAUGAAAAAAGGGAAGUAAAAAAUAAAGGAAAUCAAAUAUUAAAUUAUGUCAAAGUUGGUUGCUUAAAGCAGUGAUGUGAUUUGGGGAAUUUUAAUCUUGCUUUGUGCCCACUUAUUCUGAAGCCUGUCUAUUUAUCUCAACAGAUUGGUCUGCCCUCUGGUGUGUUUUUAAGCAUAAGAACCAUUUGGUGAAAAAACUCAAGAGUUAUUGAGAGGCCUAGCUAGCUCAGCUCUGCUUCCUAGUGUGACUCUCGGAAAUGGCGGACUCGAAGGGGUUUGAUGAAUGGAAACCUUUUAUUGUCAUGAUUGCAAUCGAUUUCUCAUUUGCUAUAGUGAAUAUUCUGCUCAAGAAAGUGCUUGAUGAGGGAAUGAACCAUUUGGUUCUUAUCACGUACCGGUUGACAAUUUCUACAAUCUUCUUAGCUCCAAUUAGCUACUUUGGGGAAAGGAAUACUAGACCGAAGCUCACACUUCGCAUCGCAUGUUUUCUCUUCUUAAGUGCAAUUCUUGGGACGUCCCUAACACAAUACUUCUUUCUCCUCGGAAUCCAAUACACAUCUGCGACUUUUGCCUGUGCCUUCGUCAACAUGGUGCCUGUGAUCACUUUCAUAGUGGCGUUACCAUUCGGGUUAGAGACGGUGAACUUAAAAUGCAACAGCGGGAGAGCGAAAGUAUUCGGUGCAGUGGUGUGCAUUGGUGGUGCUCUGAUACUAACUCUUUACAAAGGAGUUCCUCUAUUUGAUUACUCAAAAUCCACAACUAGUACUCAAGCCAAAGACCAUGGCAUCCACCUGAGCUCAACGCGAAACCAUGAGCGGUGGACGGUUGGUUCAAUAGCUUUGGUUGGCGGAACCCUAUUGUGGUCUUCAUGGUUUCUUGUUCAAACAAACAUUAGCAAGAUGUAUCCUUGCCAGUAUUCUAGCACCACAAUAAUGAAUUUCUUUGGUGCCAUUCAGUCUGCAAUCUUAGGUGUGUGCACCGGAAGGAACCUUUCCAUGUGGGUUCUGAGGGGAAGGACACAAGUCAUAACUGUCCUGUUUUCUGGAAUGAUAGCAUCGGGCUUAGGUUUCGUGGGGAUGUCAUGGUGUGUGAGGAAACGGGGGCCAGUGUUUACUGCAGCAUUUAGCCCGCUUGUGCAGAUAAUGGCGGCCCUAAUUAGUAUCCCCAUCUUCCAUGAACGACUCCACCUCGGAAGCGUGUUAGGAUCUGUCAUUGUAAUCGCCGGCUUGUACAUUCUUCUAUGGGGUAAGAAAAAAGAGAUGCAGAAAUGUGCGACAAAACUAGUCCAGGAAUCUGAAGCAAUCAAGGAGCAGGAAUCACAUUUACCCGCCAUCACAGUCUCCGUUGAUUCGCGGCGUCCUUGAAGCCGAACUGCAUAUGCUUUCAAGUUCACAAGCGUUCAUUUUUUUCUUCUCCCAAAUGAUUGUUAUGGUCUUCUAGCAGGAUUCUAAAGAAAAGUCAGCUGGCAUAACCGGAAUAAAAGUAGAUUAAACUUUUCAACUCUUUAUCUGAUGAUUGCAAAAUUUCCUCCAUGGUUCUUUGUGAGACUUGUGGUAAUGAAAUAUGUUAGACAUAGUUGAAGAA